AUGGGUCUCCUAACCCCCUUUGUGCCCUACCACACGUCUGCUGGCUCGAGUACGAUUCGAAAAUUUGGUGGUCUCCUUACUGUUGAGUUCCUGGAGCCGCCCCCAGGUCGAAGUUUCAUGAUGCGUCAGACCUACAGGCUGGACGUGGAAGGACCUGUUCCGCCUACACUACGGAAGCUCAUCGAUAGUCCCCAGCGGCCUGAUGGCCCUGCGAUGCACUUCCAUCGGUACCAGAAUGAGUUCUUUCACGUCGAGCAUGGCAUCUGUGUGGCUGAGGUUGAUGGCGUGUCGCGCAAUCUUACUCCAGAAGACGGGGAAGUCUCCCUCCAAGCGAACCGCGUGCAUCGUUUCUCCAUCCAUCCCGAUUCGGGCGAAUACAUGACAGUGCUUCUGAGCGGUUCCGAUGCAGGGAUUGAUAACCAGCUUGAUAGAGUCUUCUUCGAGAAUUGGUACGGAUACUGGCACGACGCACUGCUCUACGAUGGUGGUCUUGAUUUCAUUCAAAAAUUACAAAUGUUAGAUGCAGGCGGCCAUUAUACGCCAGCGCCGGCGUGGAUGCCCUUCCGGCUUUUCUUUGGCUACUGGACCAGUGUGAUCAUUGGUCGGUGGCUUGGGGGUUUGCUAGGCUACAAGCCGUUCUUCAAAGAAUAUACGACGGAUUGGGAGUUUGCUGUCAACAAAAUGAAAAGUUCAUUCUGGACUCGGCGAUCAAUUGACGACUUUUGGGGCGCGAAGGAGCGCUGGAAUAGAGAAGCAGACCUCUCUGCUGGACCUAAACCGACCAAUGCGGAACUGCAAUAUCUACUCGAGGAUGUCACAGCAGCUACAAGAGCUGCUAAGGCUAAGGCUGCGGAAAAUGGAUUGCAUAACGGGCUACAUGGCAAUGGAAGCAAUGGAAUCGUUGAAACCGGUGAGGUCUCUAGAGCAGAAGAGGAGACUACUGUUGGCAUUUCUUCUGGGUUGAAGUCUGGCGCUGCUCAGGUUCGGAAGCGGUGA